UCUCGGGCCAAGUGUGUACUGCAAGCUCGGAUGCGCCUAAUCGACUGAACGUUAUUAUUAUUGUUGUUAUUCUCAUACGAAAAAUAAAUAAAUACAUAAAGGGAAAUAAACGGACCUCAGAGUAAGCGAUCGUCAUCUCUUUUCAAAGGGGAGAUCUGGUUGUAUUUCGCGGUAUAUAUUGAACUGAUCAUCCUACAGUCGUCGUGAUACUGAGAUCCCACAGAGUGGGAAUGGGAAAUGAUGGAGGAUAAAGGGCCCCGUGUAGCCGACUACUUUGUGGUCGCCGGCCUAACUGAUUCGUCUAAGCCUCUGGAAGAAGAGCUCCACCUUGAUGAUGUCGGUCCUAGGUCUGCUAAGCCCAAAGCCCCCAUCACCGAUGUUGCCGUGGUGAUCCGCUCCUUGGGUGAGGAGGUUCCCCCGGGGUUCACCUGUGUGGACAGCACCCCCUCAGGCCUCUCUGCAGAGCUAAAUGGAGCCAGCCUUCGAGGCCCCCAGAUCUUCCUGUGCUACAAGCGAGGCAGAGAUAAGCCUCCACUGACAGAUCUUGGGGUUCUGUAUGAGUGGAAAGAGAAACUGAAGCCUGGAUGUCACUUAGUCCAGACCACACCCUCAGGUCGCCCUGCCAACAUUAGUAGCUCAUCCUCCCAACGCAUCUACAUCACCUACCGCCGUGCCCCGCAGAGCCAGCCCCACACCUCACUGGCUGUCACUGAUGUCUGCAUCAUCAUCCCAGGCAAAGGGGAGACGCCCCCCCAUACCUUCUGCAAGGUGGACAAGAACCUCAAUAGCAGCAUGUGGGGAUCCUCAGUUUACCUGUGUUACAAGAAGUCUCUGGCUAAAACUAACACCAUCGCAUACAAAGCAGGUCUGCUGUGCAGGUACCCUGAGGAGGACUACGAGUCCUUCCCACUGCCUGAGUCGGUGCCUAUGUUCUGCCUUCCCAUGGGAGCAACCAUCGAGUGCUGGCCGGCACACACCAAACACUCUCUGCCUGUCUUUUCCACUUUUGUGUUGACGGGGGCCUCUGGAGAAAAGGUGUAUGGUGCAGCCAUCCAGUUCUACGAGCCCUACCCAGAGGAGAGCCUGACCGAGCGGCAGUGCUCUCAGCUGGGCUUCCACAGCUCUAAUCUGGGGCCUGAUGGGACCCGGAGCAUUCACAGCAACAAGAGCAUCUGCCUGCUCUCCCACUGGCCCUUCUUCCAGUCCUUCAGGAGCUUUCUUACUUUCCUCUACCGAUACUCCAUCUCUGGGCCGCAUGCACUGCCUAUUGAAAAGCACAUCUCUCACUUCAUGCAGACUGUCCCGUUCCCCUCCAUACAGAGACCUCGCAUCUUAGUGCAGCUCUCACCGCAUGACAGCCUGAUUCUGAGCCAGCCUGUCUCCUCUCCACUGCCUCUCAGUGGUGGAAGCCUGUCCACACUGCUGUUGAAUCUAGGCCCUAAGAACGCAGCCACUCUGUUGGUGCUGGCCGUCACUGAGCACAAGAUCUUGGUUCACUCCCUCCGUCCAGCGGUGCUGACGAGUGUGACAGAGGCCCUUGUGUCUAUGAUUUUCCCUUUCCACUGGCCGUGCCCCUACAUCCCUCUGUGCCCACUGGCCCUGGCCGAUGUGCUCAGUGCACCAUGUCCAUUCAUUGUGGGUGUGGACUCCCGAUACUUUGACCUGUACGUGCCCCCGGCUGACAUCAGCUGUGUGGACCUGGACACCAACACCAUCUCCCAUAAGGACGACAAGAAGGCUUUAACAUGGAAGAUCUUGCCCAGGAGAGCCUGCAAGCAUCUUCUGAAUAGUUUGAACAAGCUCUACCAGCAGCUCAUCGAGGGUGGUCAGCUGAACCACGAGGACGUGCACAUGGAGCACACAGUGACUGACAGUGAGCUCAGUGGUGGGAAGAGCUUGCAAACCCUGGAGCUGGAGAUCCAGGAGGCCUUCCUGCGCUUCAUGGCAGCCAUCCUGCGGGGCUACCGCUCCUACCUGCUGCCCAUCACCCAGGCCCCCUCCGAAAAGACCACCGACGCCAGCUCCCUUUUCGACAUCCAAGGGUUCCUGAAAAGUCGAGACCGUUCCCAUCAGAGGUUCUACUCCCUGAUGACGAAGACUCAAAUGUUCAUCCGUUUCAUCGAGGAGUGCUCCUUUGUCAGCGAUAAAGAUGCCAGCCUGGCUUUCUUUGAUGAGUGUGUUGAUAAGCUAUUCACCACUGGAGGCAAGCAGAUGGACAGCGAACGGCCAGAGGACACCAGACUGAUUGAACUGGAUGAGUCGCACCGCAGUGAGCACACGGUCUACAUUAACCCCCCGGAGCUGCCCCCGUUACCACAGGGAGAGGAGUAUCCUCUGUGUCAUAGCUACUCUGGUUUCCCUGUGCUGAAUGCUAAGCUUCUGGAGCCCCUGGAAGGACCAAAUCCUCCAUCAGCUGGCAUGGCACCGCGCCACAGCAGCCCCGCCAGCCCUACGGCCAUCUUCAGACGCUCCAAACAGGAGAUCAAAUCAGCUCAGAAGAUGGCCAAGACCUACUCAUCUAUGCCCCAGAUGUGGUCCAAAUGCCUGCUGCGCCACUGCUAUGGCCUGUGGUUCAUCUGUCUGCCAGCUUACGUAAGCACCUGCCACUCCAAGGUGCGGGCUCUGCGCACAGCUUAUGAUGUGCUGAGGAAGAUGCAAGAAAAGAAGCUACAGGCUCCUGAUGAGGUGUGUUACCGUGUAUUGCUGCAGCUGUGUGGCCAGUAUGGCCAGCCAGUCCUGGCCGUCAGGGUGCUGUUUGAAAUGAAGAAGGCCGGUGUUCAACCCAAUGCCAUCACCUAUGGUUACUACAACAAGGCGGUGUUGGAGAGCACCUGGCCCUCCACCACCAGAGGAGGCUACUUUUUGUGGGGCAAGCUGAGGAACGUCAUUCUGGGUGUGGUGCAGUUCAAGCAAGUGGGGAGGAAGCAGCAGCCCCCACUCAGAGAUCCUCACCUGUCAGAUGGCAGUGAUCUUGACACGGUCAGUCAUGGCAGUCUCGACAGCGCCAACGACUCUGCUGAGCGCGCCUCCUUCGACACUGACUUCACUAAAAUGGAUUCCAGUGAUGAUGGAUGUAGCACAGGUGGCCAGUCAGACCAAGGAUAUGAUUCACUGUCCAAAGAGGAAGAGAGGAUGGGCAGCAGAGAGAGCGACAACACGCCACUGGCAGACGACAAGGGACAGAGGCAAUUCAUACCUGAGAUUGAGGAUUCAGUUUCUAUCAGCAUCACCUCUCCUUCCAUUAGAAACUUCAAAUCAACUGACGCCAGUGCAGGUAAUGGUAGCAGGCUGCAUUCCAGUCCAUUUAGUGACACCACAGUCCCAUGUGGGGUUCUGCCAAAGACUGAGAGGCCAAAGUCUCUGGACUUGUCUGGUGGACAGGGAAUGUCUCGGCUUGGUGCCCUCAGCCUCAGCUCUGCUAAACAGAACCACUUAGCUGCAGACAGGCUGCAUGGGGUAGAGGAAGAGGAGAUGGGGACUGAAGAGAGUAAACAAAAACCCCUGGUGGAGAGGAGUGUCAGCUGCAGCGCUGGGACUGUGAGGAGGACCGGAAUCGAGACAGGGUUUGACCCCCUGUCCCUUAUGGCGACAGAGGUGGAGCAGGGGUGUGAGGAGGACAACAGUAGCACGCCGACCACACGCCGUGACCUCGCUGAGGAGAUUGAGAUGUACAUGAACAAUGUCAACAGCCCUUUGAGCAGCCGCACACCCAGUAUGGAUCUGCAGAAUCCCUCAAGCCCACAGCCCCACUCUGCCUCCUCCCCUCUUACCUCACCCCGACCCCCCACCCUGCUCCGCUCCAAUACUCACCUCCCUUUUCCCGUCAAAUCCAAGGAGCGGCUGAAACCAUCCCCCUCUCUGCCCCUGGGUGUCUGUCACAAAGAUAAGGAGAGGCCUCCCUCCCUGGUCUCUCCCUCAUCACCCACCCCCUCCACCUCAUCAUUCUCCAUGGACUCACUUUUCACCCCGACUCUGGACAUUUUCAAAAGCAGUGUCAUAUCAGCAGGGAAGGGCGUGGCUGAGAAGGCCAGCCGCCUGUACUCUCGUCUGUCUUCCCAGACCUCACUGACACAGGAUGCAAACUGCGACCAGAUUAGUGUGUCCUCACUUACCUCAGGAGAAGCAGACGGCUCUUCGCUAUUGGAUAAUGACUCCUAUCUGGACCCAGAUGGCUUUACCUCGCCCCAGCACGGCAGCGUGUCCCGACUCAGGAGGAGCCCUGUGGGGGGCCAUGCCAACCUGGGCAGCCCCAGUACCCCCAACAGAGUGUUCAGACACAACUCCUUCUCUGGUGGUUUGGCGCUUCUCUCCAGAGCUCCUCACACUCCAGAUUCCUCCCCCGACACCGGCCGCUUCCACUUCACUCACAACUACACCACAGAAGUGCAGAUGUCCAGCUGCUCGCUCUGUAAGACCUGUGACUGUUUGGUGUACGACGAGGAGAUCAUGGCCGGCUGGACAGCGAAUGACUCCAACCUCAACAGCACCUGUCCCUUCUGUGGCACACCUUUUCUGCCCUUCCUUAAUGUCGAAAUCAAAGACCUGAGACUACUCAGCAGGUCUUGUAAAGAAAGUAAUCCUGUUACAGAGGAGGACACGUCUGGAUCACUCAGUCCCGAGGCCAAUGUGUCUGCGGCACUCUGUGAAACUCAAUCAUCCACAGCUCAGCCACAAGAGCAGGAGAGCGGCGGGAGUGCUGGCCCAGAUGUGUUUCCAGUGCCAGCAUCAGCCCCGGUGACGGUGCCCUACCUGAGCCCCCUGGUCCUGUGGAAGGAGCUGGAGAGUCUGCUGGUGAAUGAGGGAGACCAGGCCAUCUCCUCCCCGAGCGUCGUCGACCAGCACCCCAUUGUCUUCUGGAACCUCGUGUGGUACUUUCGCAGGCUGGAGCUGCCUAGCAACCUGCCAGCUCUUAUCCUGGCCUCCCAGCACUGUAGCCAUGGAGACCAGACUCCUCUGAGUGUUUCGUCUGAGGACAGCAAACAUGUGUUUGUGAGGAUCAUGUGGGACAACCUGAAGCUGCACCAAGACCAAGUUCAACCCUGCUACGUCCUGUGGAACACACACUGUGCUAACUCCCUCAUACGCUCUGGGCUGUGCGAAGAGGGCCAGCUCUUCACCGUGGAGCUUCUCCAGGGUUUUGUUAGGAGCAUUAAGAAGAGUGAUGUCUAUCAGUCCAUGAGCCAGAUCAUUCAACUCCUGGGGCCUGAGCUGGGUUUUAGGAGACAGAGGAGCCUGUACCGAGAUAUACUGUUCCUUGCUCUGGUGGCUUUGGGCAAGAGCAACAUUAAUAUCGAUGCAUUUGACCGGGAGUACAAGAUGGCGUAUGAUCGCCUCACACCCAACCAGGUUAAGCUGACACACAACUGUGACCGGCCCCCUGGCGCGGGGGUCAUGGAGUGCAGGAGGACAUUUGGGGAGCCCAGUCUGUGAGCUCUCCUUCAUGUGGCCCAUCACUCUCUUUUAACCACCACCACCACCACCACUGCUGCUGCUGCUUUUUAUUUGGACUGCUCUUCAGACUCAGGAAAAGAUCACCUGACUGAUCAGGCCCAAGCGAGAUGGAGCCAGCCCGUAAGCACAAUGACAAAAUGACACUGCAGGAAUUUUCUCCAGGGACCAGGAACCGUUUGAGGUUUUGAGGAACUCACUUGCAUUUCCACUGCAGGGACCAGGGUCCAAAUUACGUUCCGGGGACAUUAUUUUACCCCCCAAAAUGUCCCGGCUCGGGGGGUUAGUACUUUACUGUAAAGCAGCUGUCAUGAGUUGCUGUUGCACUGUUACAACUGAGAGGUGUGGUGCGACUGGCCUUGUGUUUGUAAGUACUUAGAGAAUCCUCUGUAUUUUAAGUAUCACUAUCGUAAAUGUUUGUACAGCUAUAGUCUAUUUUAUGACUUUGUUUCUGUUGAAGCUGUGAGUACAUAAUGUAAAAAGCAAAUGUGUGGUCAUGUCGUCUGAAUUCCUCAGUGGUCCUGGCGACCGUGCGAGGAAUGUUGUCGAGUGUGUAUGGUAAUAAUUACUUUGAGACAUUGUUUUUACAAAGCACUUUUAACAAGAUGAGCUCUCGCCGUUUGUUCUCACUUAGAUUACAGUGCGGCUCACAAGGCUAUGAUCAAGUGUGCAGUUUUGUUGGCAGCUACAGCACUUACUGUACUGUCUAAUAUUACUGGUGCAUGCAGCAGCUGAAAGAAAUUCCUUCUCAUCUGUGCCCUGUAAAGCUGACAGGGCCUGAAUACACUAAAUUAGAGCUUAAAAACAUGAACUUGUUUCUUAAUCAAGAGUAGAGUACUCAAUUAAUCUGUGUGCACAACCUUUAUUAAUUUAUCCUUUUUUUGUACAUGUCCUUGAUGAACCAAAAUAACUUACCCAUAAGGGAAUAAUACUGUUAUGAUUUAUUUACAGCUUUAAAGCAAUACCUUUUAUAAAAUGCUUAUUCUGCUGGAUAAUUGAUAUGAUGUAAGGGACCACCAAGGAUAGAUUUCCUCAAAAAUAGUACAAUCAUACCAAUGGUAGACAAAUAAAAAAUGAAAAUAAAUGUUUCUAUUGGUUUAAUCGACACAAUAUUUUCAUAAAGAAAUCAAUUUAUUUACACUAUAAUGGACCUAAAAAUUGUACAGAGUAUUUGAUUCUGGUAUUUUGUAUAUUUCCCUUAUGGCCUUCAUUGUACAGUGUAGAUUUCAGCAAAUUCACAAACCCAUUUUCAAAACACUGCACUGUUUGGUCUUGCAUAUUGCAAAGGACAUUUUAACCACAGCGCAUAUUAUUAAACCGACUGCUCAAAUAAUAUUCCCUGAACAGAUACCAGUUCUAGACAGGAUUUUUUUGCACUAAGCAUAAGAAAGGAUACUCAAACUGUUUUGUCAAAGAUGUUAAGGUUGAACAACAAACAUGUCUCCUAAAAUGUACGGGAUUAAAUCUGAUGGUUCACAACGUUAAUAUUGUGUUCUUAAUAUCGUUAACUGACAAAAAUCUGGCUGUUUUCAAGCCUGUUUGUGGCUCGAUGCACCUCACACUGCUCAUUCCCAGAUUUCCACUACAACAACUCAUGAUAUAUAACAGGCUGAUCUUUUUUUCUUUCUUUCUUUUUUUUUUUUGAAAGGCUGUGUGCUUGGAAUAAACACUUUGACUCAUGGUAUGUAAAUCUGCAUUGUAAACCUAUGUGAACACCACCUUGUAACCAAUGACUACAAAAAAAAA